CUGGCAAGGCAGCAUCUGGACUGCAGCAGGCUAGUCCUCACAACUCCUCAAGCAUCUCUCUCGGCUCUGCCUUGUCCUACCUUUUUUUUUUUUUUUUUUUUUUUUUUUAUCAUGACCAGGCUGCGACUUCUGCUACUGCUGGGGCUGCUUCUGAGGGUAGCAGUCUGCAGUGUAAACACUAUAACCCUGUGUAAGAUUGGUGAGUUCAAACAUGAGAACCUCUGCUGCCUACAAUGUUCUGCUGGCACUUACCUCCGGAAUCCAUGCCAGGAGAACCAUAAUAAGAGUGAAUGUGCUCCAUGUGAUUCUGAACACUUCAUAGACCACAAAAACAGAGAAUCUGAAUGCUUUCCCUGCUCUGUGUGCCGGGACGACCAAGAAGAAGUGGCCAAAUGUUCCCGUACAGCUGAUCGUGUGUGCCAGUGUAAGCAGGGCACCUACUGUGACUCUGAAAACUGUUUGGAGAGGUGCCACACAUGCAGCAGCUGCCCUGACGGCAGAGUCGUCAGGAAAUGCAAUGCCACAAUGGACACUGUGUGUGACAAGUUUGACUCAGAGCCAGGACAGUCAGGCUCUCAAUGUUUCUGCUUCUCUAAGCCUCUGGGUAUUGUGGUUAUCAUAGCUGCUUUCAUCAUCAUCAUUGGCGCUGUCAUCAUUUUGAUUCUCAAAAUCAUUUGCUAUUGUAAAAGAGGAGAGAAUAUUCAGCUCUUGGCUGGAUCCCUUGGCACUGGAGUUACUGAGCCACCAUGAGAACUGAGUCCUUAACACUGAGCCUGACCAAGAGCUCCCGGUUCUCUUUCCUUUACGUUAAGUAUUACUACACCUAGUUUCCCAGUCAUUGUGAGUACGAUGUCUGUAGUCUUUUCCUAGAAAUUCAUGAUGGUGGCUCCUGACCCUCCCAUUGCUGAGGGCUCAGGUCUUGUUAGGGUGGCGAUACAGUUCCAGAAUGCUGGAGAUGAGGCAGCCCAGGCCUCCCUACCCGCAUCGUGCAGUUUAAUUUGUGCCAUGAUGUGUUUGUGUUCUCUUUAUGAGAGCUGAAGUCUGCUCUGAGAAUAAACAGAGUAGAAAUUGAGGCACAGAAAAUCAAAGGGAGGUGUGUUAUCUUUAUAAAGAGUUCCUUGAGAUGUUGUAACAGAUGACUGCAAAGUGGGGGUCAGCUCAUCAGGGAUGUACUGUCUCCUCAUUCUCAUGGCUAGAAAUCUAAACCUAGAGCUAGUCAGUCCUUGGCUUGAGGCAGCUUAAACUGUGUGCCAUCAUCUUCAGAUGGCCCUCUCUCUGCCUGACCAGUCCUUGGAGUAUGUCCUCACCUAUAAAAAUCUAUCCAACUAAGACCCUAGCUACAGGAGACGGGUCAGGACAUGGAUUUAUCUUUUGGAAGCCAUAGAUCACCCCAGGGUAGGCUUGUCUUAGAAUCUCUCUGGUCAGAUCCUGAUGUCACAUGGUGUAUCUCUCCCUGGCUGGCCCUCCAAAUACACGGCAUCUCAUCUUCUCAACAUGCCUUGGGUGGGGCUAACCACCUUGCCAGGCACUUCCCUGAAUGCUGGAGGCUUCAUUAGGAUAAGGAAGGGCAAGGUCAACCUCCAUAAACUAUUCACCCGGAGCCUCUGGCCUUCCUAGAAGACACCAGAAGUUCUUUCCAUUAGGCUUCCAUUAGACACCAUUAGUUCUUUCCAUGUCAGGCUUCGCUGCUUUCUGCCACCUGAGUAACAGAUGGAUAAUAGGUUAGUGACAGUCUUGAUCAGCCCUGUCCCAGCCUGGGUCUCCUGACCACUGGGUAUUACUUGAGGACACAAAGAGCCUCUCCUAUCCUGAGAAGCAGAAUCACAGAACCACUGCAACUUUCCUCCUCAACAUUCAAGAGAUAUAAAUAGACCGACCCUUGGUUGUGUGUGUGUGUGUUCACUUUGUGUUUUAUUUUCCAGCCUCCACUAUGCUAUGAAGCUCCGGAAAGUAAGCAGAUGGCAUUCCUGAAGAUCACUGGAUUUAAGGAAGUCGAGGAAGCAAUGAACACUAUUGUUUCUAAACUGGAGACUGACCUUGCAGGAAUGUAUUUGCAAACUGUGGCAACUUAGCUGCUAAAAAUUGUGUUUGCUUCACCCUCGAGCUAGAGUCAAGUGUCCUUUGAUACAGGACUGAAACAUUCCAAAUAGCCCAUCUGAAUUUGGAGCUGACAUUCAUCCCACUGCAUACCCCGUGGACCCCCAGAUAUAUGAUGUGCCCUUCUCUCUUGUGAAGACCAGAGGGUUUCUCUCUGUAUGCAGCCAGAGGGCUUCUCUCCUUGAAGCCUGCCUUGGCUGGCCUCAGAGUUAGGAGGUUUUGUGCUGUGAACUCGUAAGCUAAAGUCAGUUUGGGUUCAUGGUGCUCAGUAUGUUUUCCUAGAAGGCAAGGAUGGGAGGACCCAAAAAUGUUGUCCUUUGAGCCCACAUCAGGAUGUGGCCCAGACAAGGUGCUUUGUUAUCCAUAAAAACCCAUAACAAAGCCCCUGGCAGGCCAGCCUGAGCAACUGUGGACUUUGCCACAUCAGACACUGGGAAUAGUGUCUGUGUUUUUAGGCUCUCCAUCCCCCAGGCAUCUCAGAACUAGCCUUAGUCUUUAGUCCUCUCAACCCACAGUGAGCAGAUGGAGGUGUGAAUGGGAAUUUCUCAGAAGCUAUGUCUACAUAAGUUAAUUGAUUAAUUUAUUAUUAUUUUAUUUUAUUUUUGGUUUUUAAUAAGAUAGGAUUUCUCUAUGUAGCCUUGGCUAUCCUGGAUCUCCCUUUGUAGGCUAAGCUGACCUGGAACUCACAGAGAUCCACCUGCCUCUACCUCCUGAGUGCUGGGAUUAAAGGCAUACACCAUCACUGCCUGGCUUAACAUUUUAAUGAUGUAGAGAGGCAUAGCUUAGGCUGUUCCAACCUAAGCAAUGUCUUGCCUCCCUCUGGGUCAGAACUAACAUGCUGUAGAGGGCACAAGGUUCUUGUGCUCACAGAGAAGUAGACCUGUUUUCCACCCAGAUGUCUGGGAAUGGAUAUAGUUAACAUCCUGGUGUUCUGUGCUAUUUGUAGACCUAGCACACACUUGAACAGACUAUUGUCUUUGUUUAUCCCAGACUCUUCCUCCAUAGGCCUUUUGCCUGCCAAUAGGCCCUUUUCUUGAAUACUGUUGCUCAAUAAAUCUCAUCCUUAUAGGAGAUGUCACUGUCACUUGUAUAUUAGAAAAGCCUAGGGGACCUCUGUGCUACCUGUAGGGCCAGGCCACUCUUGACUGCCACCGAUUUUUAUAUGUGUUUAUCCCAGAUUUUUUCUUCUUAGACCUGUAUCUCCAGCACUGUUUGUGAGUCAAUAGACCUCUACCUCUGCCAAACUUAUCUUGUUUUGUUUGUUUGGUUGGUUUGUUUUCUUGGUGUAGCCCCAGAUGUCCUGGAACUCACUCUGUAGACCGGUCUGGCCUCAAACUCAGGAAUCUACCUGCCUCUGCCUCCCAAGUGCUGGGAUUGAAGUUGUGCAUCACCAUGCCAAGCUAACAGAUCCCGUCUUUACGGAAGAGGCCAUAAGUACUUUGUAAACUGUGUCAAUGUCAACCUGUCUUAAGCAUUAUUGUACAUAAGUGACCGAGUUAAUUAUCAUCAAAAAACUUCCCCCGGAAAUUUGUGCUGUGCUUAAAUACAGCUAAAGUAAACUGCUGGGGUCAGACUCUAGAAGUUUGACCUAGCAUAGGCUAAGUUGUGUUGAACUGGAUUUCCUUUUGGCCUCAAAUGGAUCAUUAGGCUGCCAGCCUUGGUGUUUGCAGAGAUCCCCAAACAUCCUGACAACAGAUUUAAACCAAACCAAACCAAACCAAACCAAACCAAACCAAACUAACCAACACUAUAGAACUAUUCACUUGAUAAAACUAUUCUCCACCAGUCCAAGUACUGUGAAUGCUGUCAUAUAUCUGAAGCCAGAGCUGAGAUUAUCACUGUGCUGUAACGUUUAACCCUUCCUCUAGUGUGUCUGAAGAACGCCUUACUUUAUAACUUUUUGUUCUGUUCUACAAAACUCCAUGGAGCCAUGAAAUUGGGGUACCUAAAUCUAUGCUUCUAGGGCCAUGGUCACUGAAAUUUGGGUACGAAAUAAAGUAUUUCUAAUUCCUUUUGAAA